AUGGCGUCGCCGGCCACUGCGCGACGCAGCGAGCCAAAGCAGCCAAAAUUCCAGUCCCAUCUCGACGCACAGCAAUCGCCGCCCAUUCAAGCCGAGAACCCUCGUCCCUCCAUUUCACCUUUAAGCGCCAGAGCCUCUCCUGUCGCUGUUCGCGAAGCUGCACUUCAGAAUGCGAACGCGCUCGACGAGUCGAUAGAUGGAAACAUCAAUGGUGCCGAGGUCGGCGACCAGGAUGACGACCGCUCGAGCAGUCUGAGCGAGCCCGAGGACGACGAUGAGGUGGAUCUAGUACCCGGUACUGCUGUUGUUAAUACCGAGACGUCUGGAGAGCUUGCCAUACAUCAAUCGCUUGAAGUAGAUUCUGAAGCAGAGACCGAGCGGCUCGACCAGACACCCACCAAAUUGCGCAAAGACGCAGACAUCACGGGAAAGACGCCCAGCAAGCUCAGCCAAGCUGCUCUAGCCGUUGACGAUUUGUCAGACCCUCCUUCGCCGAUUCCGCCGGCGGGUCCUGGCGCAGCCUCGAGCACGAGCACAAUUGAGACAACCGGUGAGUGGCCUACGGGUCAAGGCCUGGAGCAAACUCAGGCGGAUGAUCUCCAAACAGGUCGGAAACGCAAGCGAUCAGAUACGGGAGAGAGCUCCUUGAGCAGCGCCGACUCAGACAUCGGCGAGUCGCCUCGAAAGAGAAGUCACAGCUCUGCCGCUGAAGAGCUUGUCGCAGAAGACAGAGAUACAGAAAUACCUGCUUUGAACAUCGAGAGUAUUGUGGAAGAAGCGAUUGUGGACGACUCUGAAGCUGUCGAGGCUGCACCGGCAUCGCCUUUGGUAGGCGUUAAAGCCAAAAAGGGCCCGAAGCCCAAAGGAAGACCGAAAAAGGAUGCUACCAAAGAGACAGAAUUGCAGAAGACGGAAGAGCCAGUGCCAGAGGAGGAACAGAGUGAGGAGGCGAUCGCGAAAUCUGCAGAAGAGCUUCAGCGGCGACAGACGGCUACAGUGAACUUCGAAGACCUCGCGAAGCAGUUCCUCGCAUUCCGCGAAAAGACCUGCAACGAGAAGCUCGCGGCAGUUGACGCUGAGCUCGAACUGCUCAACCUGCCUGUUUGCAAACAUCCCGAUUUUAUGCGCCAAGUCGCGUGCGUCGAUGCGCGGAGACAGAAACAAAAGCGGGAGGCCGAGGCAUGGAGAAAAUAUAAGAAAGAAAGUCUGCGGACAACAACUUUGGGCGAGCGAAGUCAAUUGCACAGUCAAUUCUUCCAGCGCACACGACAGCUAAGAGAGGACGUCAUGGAUCAGCUUGGAAAGGAUUGGUACGACAUCCAGAAUGAGCGUCGGCAGAGCAACCAGGACAAGGACGAGUUGUACGUCCGCAAAUUCUCCAUGAAGAAGAGCGAGCAGGUCAAGAUCCAAGCCAAGUACAACCAGGAAGUGUCGGUGCUCAGCGGCGUUGCGAAAUACGUCGGUUUCCCAGCUGCGCCAGAGAUUACAGGCGCGGAAGGCGAUUCUCUGGAGGACGAUCUGAAGGCCAUGAAGAUUUCGAAGCGUGCUCAUCACUCCAGUUCACAUGCCCAAACGGUCUACUUCCCAAACCGGGCUGCAUUGAUCCAGCCGCAAAGCGAACGCAUCGCCCACGAGCAAUUCAUCGAGCAAAAUCCGUGGGCGAGGCCUCAGGGUCCGAUCCAGCACCACGGCACGCCGAACCUCACCCACACUCCGGACUGGGCAGCGGAAGCUGGUAUCGGCGCGAAACACAUUAUUCGACAGUUGAGUGGUAGCGUGCAGCGGACAGGAAGUCCUUAUAUGACGCCAAUGCAAAGACGACCCCCCUUGGAUCAUUCCAGCUCGGGCACAGUCGCGGUCAAUAGUGACGGCGUCGAAGCUCCCUCGAGCUUAGCAGCAGCUCCGCCGACGGAGGCACGCACGCACGGGCAUCCGGGCAGGGAUCUUGCUUCUCCUCUCGUGAUCGCCAAACAUCGGCAGAAUGGGGCAGAGCUGACAGGAUUCCGCAAUAGCUCGAAUAUAUCUGGCGUCAGCACCAUCGAUGCGCCAGAUUCUGCUGAGAGGGCGAGGGAUGGCCUCCGAGAGUCACUGCCGGGCAUGUCCAAAGAGUUGUCAGCACCACAGCACAUUUUCGACACAAGUCAAAUACAUCGACUCACUGGCGAUGUGAGAAAGCCGCACGAGGUAUAUGCGAAUGCAAAUUUCCGGCCUCAGGAAGGCGCAUAUGGCACGCCGGGACCUUUACCUGCGUCGAGUGGCCCGCCAUAG